AUGUCUUUUUUUGAUGUUAGGGACUUGGCGGGCGAACACAAUUUUUCUUGGCUCGCCGCCAUUGCACUUUCCUGUAGCGCCUUUUUGGCAUUGCUUUGGCUGCUCAAAAUUAGGCUGAGACGACAUGAUCAGACACACAGAAUGUUGGAGUUGCCUCCCGGGCCUAAAGGCUUUCCACUGCUGGGUUACCUCCCUUACCUUGGGCCGGACCUCCACCGGAUGUUCAUGGAGCUGGCCCAAGUUUACGGCCCAAUCUACAAGCUCUCCAUUGGCCGCAGACUCUGCGUCAUUAUAAGCUCUCCAUCUUUAGUAGAACAAGUGGUGCGUCACCAAGACAUUGUUUUUGCCAACCGCAACCCUAGUAUUGCUUCUUUGGCCUUCUCUUUCGGUGGAAACGACAUUGCGUUCGCUCCUUACGGUCCUCAAUGGCGUUUGUUGCGCAAAAUAUUUGUGCGAGAGAUGCUUAGUAAUGAGAAUCUCAAUGCCUUUUACGAGCUUAGAAGAAAUGAGCUCAAGAAGAGUGUUAGACAUGUGUAUGGGAACGCUGGCAAACCAAUUAACUUAGGUGAACUGGCUUUUCUUACCGUGAUCAACAUGAUAACGAGAAUGUUUUGGGGUGGCACGCUCGACGGCGAGGAGGAAAAGCGUCUCGGGGCGGAGUUUCGAGCCGCGCUGGGUUGGACAUACAAGGAGUGGAGAGGAAUAUGA